GGACUCUGCAUGUAUGUUGCCUGCUGUUGUGCUGCCUGUGUGAUACCAAGUAUAUACUAGGGUAUGGUGGCGACAGGUCGGUGGGGUAUGGCGGCGGCGGCAGCAGGGAGGGAGGUAUGGCGGUCCAAGAAGAAGAAGAAGAUGGGCGGAAGAGGAGGAGGAGGAGAGAGGAGGAUGGAGAAUAAGAUGAGGGGGAGGAGGAGAGAAGAAGAAGAAGAAGAAGAAGAAGAAGAAGAAGAAGAAGAGGGAGGCAAGGCGGUAGGGUAUGGUGGCGACGGGGCGGUAAGAAGCAGCGAAGGAGGAGGAGGAGGAGAAGAGGAGGAGCAAGAAGAAGAAGAAGAAGAAGAAGAAGAAGAAGAAGAAGACGAAGAAGAAGAAGAAGAAGAAGAAGAAGAAGAAGACGAAGAAGAAGAAGAAGAAGAAGAAGAAGAAGCGAGGGAGGAGGAGGAGGAGGAGGAGAAGGAGGAGGAGGAGGAGGAGGAGAAGAAGAAGAAGAAGAAGAAGAAGGGUGGAGGAUGGCGGGCAGGGGAGAGAAUUGCAGAGCGAAUAACGGGCAAGCUAAGUUUCCUGGAUGGGCAAACUCUUGUCGCAAUUCUUGCGUUGAACAAGCUUGUUAAACAAUCGCUGUUGGCCGCUAGACGGCAAGAGGUGGAAGAAAAGAAAAGAUUGCAGGCAGAAGGGGAUAAAUUGCAGAAAGCUCUAGAAGCGCAAAAGGAAAACCCCUCUGCAACUGAAGCACAACUUGCACUCCUCAGGGAGGCCGUCCUCAACACGAGGCAAGACAUGGACUUAAUGCGGCAGACCUUGCAACGUGUAGAAACAAAUCGGGUUGAAUUUGAGAAUGUAUGGAAUAACUUCGUAGAAAAGUCAGCAAAGGACGUUGACCAACAUGUGCAAACUUACAUCCAGGCUUUGGACGAACAUAUUAAUAAAGUCUUCACCCCAGAGGUCGUAGAGAAGAUUGUAAAGGGAGUUGGAGGCGACGGAGGAGAUGGAGAUGGCGACGGCGAUGAUGACAAGAAAGGAAAGAAGAAGAUUGAGGAUUCAAAGGGUCAACCUUCCCAGGAACCCGGACAGACUAACAAGAUUAAGCUUAAACUGCCAUGGAACUACACUGGAAAGAAAGAAGAGAGUGUGUUGCACUGGGCGGCGACAAUUGAAACUUAUGUGUAUGGACAACGAAUUCCAUACUGGGACAGGGUAUUGAUGGCAACCUCGUGCAUGGGAGGCGACGCCAUGAGCUUCGCCAUCUCGCUGCAAAAAGAGGCGGGAUGCAGCUCUAUGGUAGAGUAUUCACAACAGACCCGUAUUGAGGAUUUCCUUAAAACGAUAAGAGAGAGAUUUGAGGACAAGAACUUGGCAAGACGCACAAAAAUGUUGAUCCUCAGCCUUCCUAACAGGAAAUGGAAGAGUACCUCUGCACUAAAGGCAACUAUGGAUGAACUAUUGCAAUGCCCUGAUCACGGAUUGACGUCGGCCCAAAUCUUGAACAGCUUUGCACGAGCGCUCCCGGAUCCCCUAAGGACACAACUCUAUCCCCGUACCAAGGAAGAGGAGAUGACAUAUGAGAAGUUCGGCAAGAUCACCAUAGAUCACGUCGGCUUCCUCGCUGAAGCAAAUUAUUGCCAUUACUGGAAGGAUCUGCAAGCGGGUAAGAGAUGGCAAAACCGCACCAUCUCAGGGUCUAUACCUGGGAAAGACGGUCUCCUUCUAACCUUUGAAGAAGGAGGCGCCGAGACCAUCUCCUGGGAUCAGGGUUGCAAAAUCUUUUCGAAGAUUGAUCUAAAAUCCGGCUACCAUCAGAUUGAGGUUGAGCUGGAAGAGCUGAAGGUGGGACUCGAAAGUGGGGCUAUAGACAAGGAUAUCAUCGAGGUAAACAACGACGCAGACUUCGAGGAGGUCGCGAAAGAUGUGGUUCAUGGUGGAUUGGAAUGUGGCGGGGGCGUUGUCAUGAGGGGUUUUGACUGGGAGGGAAUGGUUGAUGACUGUGUGACGGCGGGGGUUGUUGUCUUGGUGACCAAGGUGGAGGUAGUGGUGGAUGAAGGUGGAGGUGUGGAUGAUAUGCUAGCAGAGAGGGGGGUGGAUGUGGAGGACAAGGUGAUUGGUGUAGACGUGGAGGCGGAGGAUGGGGGAAGGGUGGUGGCACCCGAGACCGAAGUCGCGUACCCAGUUAUCCAUGAAGAGUUUGAUGACAUGGUCAGUCUUUGCGGAUUCGGGCAUAGCGAUAAUUCUUGCAAACUUGGAGAAGCCGCCUACUAUGAUGAAGACGUGUCUUUUCCCAGACCUGCUGGUGACAAGAGUAUCCAUGAAGUCCAUGGAAACACUCUUGCCAGGACCUUCAAGAAUCGGCAAGGGUUGGAGAAGCCCAAGCGGAGCGAUCAGCUCAUCGGUACCAGUGGCACGUCAGCAGUGCCACUUCACAGUGCCAGAUUAGCAGUGCCACGUCAGCAGUGCCACGUUAGCAGUGCCAUGUCAGCAGUGCCACGUCAGCAGUGCCACGUCACAGUGCCAGAUCAGCAGUGCCACGCCAGCAGUGCCAGGUCACAGAGUGCCACGUCAGCAGUGACGUCAGACACAGUGCCACGUAAGCAGUGCCACAUCAGCAGUGCCACAUCAGCAGUGCCACAUCAGCAGUGCCACGUAAGCAGUGCCACAGCAGCAGUGCCACGUCAGACAGUACCACGUAAGCAGUGCCACAUCAGCAGUGCCACGUCACACACAGUGCCACGUCAGCAGUGCCACAUCAGCAACAUGACGGGCCUGCCAGGGCAACUGCCCAACGAGUCCCUUGCAGCCUACAAGCAGCGGUUCCAGCCUCAGAUCGAGGCUGAGGAACAACGCCAGUUGGCAGCCGAGGCUGCCCGCGUACAGGCUGAAGAGGCAGCAGCAGCAGAACAACUGCAGCUACAGGCCGAUGCAGACGCAGAUGCCCAGGCUCGCCACAAGGAAGCCCAGGAUCUGCUGCAGCGGCAUGAAGCCAACAGCAUCGACAGACUCAAGUACUGGCAUUUUGAACCGAACGGCGACGAGGCAAUACCGGAAGAGAAGCACAAGCAGUUCCUCUCCAAACUCGUGACGCGGUUGUUGUAUGCUUGCAACUACCAACGGUCAGAGUUGGAGAGACAGUACCAGGACCUGACGCAACAGCAUCAGGAGUUGGCACAGCUCCGCCGCAUAGUGCAGAGCCACGAGGAUGCAACUCGGGCACUCAAUGCCCGAUUGCUGGACCUGGAACAGGCUGUACCAGGACCAGCUGCUGGGGCUUCCAGCAGUGCACCCUCUAGCCGCCAACUGGAGGACCGCGUUGACCACGUAGUGGCAAUGCUCGGCGACAUCAGCACCUUCGCUGCGCCAACCACCACCAUCAGCAGUCAGCUGCAUACAUUGAAGACCGAGGUCCAGCAGCUGCAGACGACGAACGCUGAUGGCAAUCCGAAGAUGUAUAAGAUGCCAACUUUCAAUCUGGAGAGGUUCGACGACUACACGCAGCAGGAUCCGGUCCUCUCGUGGGAAGCAUUCACAACGCAAUUCAGGAUUCUGCCGGUAGCCAAGCAUGCGUACAUCGGCGCCCUGUUCCUGAACUCAAAGGGCGGAUGCCAGACCUGGUUGAGCCACCUGGCAACCUCCCACGGCGUCGACGUACCAGACUUGAAGGACGUAAUCACAUGGGAGGAACUGACUCGGCUGUGGAAGAAGCGGUUCAUCGUCGACGACGCGCCGACACUCGCCAUCAACCGUUUGUUCACCAUGUCACAGGGCAACAUCGCAACACGGGACUGGCUCACGGAGUGGCAGACGAUUGCGGCAGUUCCCAAUCUGGACCUGCCUUUCACUCAUCUCAGACGUGAGUUCUACAACAGAUCCUGCGUUGCAUUGAGCCAGGCUCUUGGUGAUCGCGAGCAGUACUCAACCUUCGCCGAGAUCAUUGACAAGGCGAGGGAGAUCAUCAAGACCAACAGUUCAGCUGCACACGAGAAGUCACCAUGGCAGCCGACCUAUGUGGAGAAGGUACGAACUGGUCCGCGACAGCAGCACUUCGCUGCAGUCCAGCAGGACAGUGGAGAUAACCCAACAGCCACUCCAGCAUCAACUUCGCCGCAAUCUAUCGCCGGGGAUUCGACGUCAUGGUCAAGACUUGAAGAGCUCGACCCGUUGACAUUCACGGACUUCCAGUGGAUGCCCGUUCCCUCGACCGGACCAUUGUCGAAACCGCAUUGCAAUGUGCUCAUGGCACAACUGCGGGACUACUUGCACACUGCAGUACCAGCUCCGUUGAUGGACGCCGAAGCAGAGGUUGUCGACUUUCACGUUUACAUCGCGAAGAUCCACCGCGAGUUCAAGACGCAACGGUACGACGAUAUCGACGCACCAUUGCUAUACGUAUGCAUUCACAUCGGAGAGGCGACUUGCAGUGCCUUGAUCGAUUGCGGAGCAUCUCGCAACUACAUCAGCCAGGACUUCAUGCUAUCUUCGGAUCACCCGCCGGCCAGCCAUUUCCGCAUUGUCGACGGGUACCUGCUCCUCCACUUGAGAGGCAAGGACUUACUAUGUGUCCCACGCGACCGUCGUCUUCGGACUCGCCUCCUCGGCGAGUAUCAUGAUUCACGACUCGCCGGCCAUUUCGGAGUCAACCGCACUAUUGCACGGCUUCGACAGCGAUUCCGAUGGCCCGUCCUCAUUACCGAUUUCACUCGGUAUUGCGACUCUUGCGAAGUUUGCCGACGCAGCAAGCCCCGCAACCGCAAUCCCUACGGUGAGUUACACCUGAUGCCUAUCCCACGGGAACCUGGUCUCUCCAUUGCCAUGGACGUCACCGGUCCGUUUCCUCGCGAUCGGCUCGGGCACGACGGCAUCCUCAUGGUGGUGGACCGAUUGAGUAAGUACGCGCGUUUUCUCCCUUGCAAGUACUACUCCACGGCUCCCGAGCUGGCACGCCUCCUGCACACCGGUUGGAUUUGUGGCCACGGUGUACCAGAAGACGUAGUCAGCGACCGCGACACUCGUUUCAUGUCGGCGUUUUGGACUGCUCUCAUGCAGGAGUCCGGUACAACAAUGAAACGAAGUUCGGCUCGACAUCCUCAGACAGACGGGCAGACGGAGCAGGCACAUCAAACCGCUCAAAUGAUGCUUCGUACGCUCAUCCGUCCGGACCAGAAAGAUUGGGUUGACUGCCUCCCCGACAUCGAGUUCGCCUACAACACUUCGGUGCAUCCGGCGAUCGGCGUGACUCCAUUCGAGUUGCACCACGGUGGACGGAAAGGCCGGAUCUUCGCAGACCUUCUCCUCCCUCGACCAGCCGACAUUGACACUGCUUGCUCUCCCGCUUCCGUCCGGGAGUACAGGGAAUUGCUGACUCAAGCCCGCGCAAAUAUGCAAAAGGCUCAAGUCCGCAUGCAGCAGCAAGCCAACAGGCGUCGCGUACCAUGUCCCAUCCGCGCCGGUGAUCUGGUUUGGGUCUCCGCGGAAGUGUUUGCACUGGAAGAGGAUGUUUCACGCAAACUGCUUCCCAAGUGGUUUGGACCUUAGUCUGUGACAGCAGCCGCGGGCGAUGAGCUCGAUGGCCCUUCAUUUGUGAUCAACAUUCCAGAGCAUCUGACGG